AUAGAUUAUCAAAUUUCUAUAAUUAAUCGAAAAAAUUAUAACACGUCGACGUGAUUUUGUUUUAUACUCCAGCAAGAAGGAUCCAUUGAAUGAGAAAGAAAGCAAGAAAGUUGAAAAGUGAGAAAACAUUGAAGCGACACGAAACUCAUUAAUUCUUUCCAAGAAAUAAAAAACAAUUCGAUUAUAGUAUAAGAAUAUGAAGAACCAAGGCGGUUAUGUGCCACCUGCUUACAUCCCAUUGGGGAUGUCAGAUUCAGAUGCAAUGAGUGUUUCUCUGGAAAAUGUUGAUAGUAGUAGCAAUGGAUCAAACCAAAUUCAACCUCAAUGGUCUUCUGGAAUUUGUGCUUGUUGCGAUGAUAUGCAGAGCUGUUGUAUAGGUUGUCUUUGUCCUUGCUUCCUCUUUGGGAAGAAUGCAGAAUUUCUGGGUUCCGGCACGUUCCUGGGAUCAUGUGUUACCCAUUUCAUAUUGUGGAGUCUGGUUAAUACAGCUUGCUGCUUAUUAACUGAUGGCUUGUUUUUGGGAUUACCUGGAUGCCUUGUUUCCUGUUAUGCUUGCGGCUACCGCAGGACCUUAAGGUCAAAGUAUAAUUUGCCGGAAGCACCGUGUGGGGAUUUUGUUACCCAUUUUUGCUGUCAUCUGUGUGCUAUUUGUCAAGAGUACCGUGAAAUACGGGAAAGAUUCGGGGAUCCUGAAGCUACAGAUAUGAAGCUGGCAGUAGUUACAGCUCCAUCAGUCCAGACAAUGCAAUCAGAUUCCAAGCAGUAAUGCCACAACUCUGCUCCCCCUAUCCCUUACACUAUAUGGUUUGAGGGUUGCAAACUUGGGUGAAGCAUGUGGUUCACUACGCACUACAACAACUACAAGUCAAUGUAGUUAUACUGCUGAUCAUCACAUUUUUUCACUUCUACUCUUCUAAUUAUCUUCGAGAAAAACUAGAAGAAUAUAAAAUACCCGGCUGUAAAUGAAAAUUUGGUAUGUUUAAUGCCUAGUUACAAGUUACCUCGUUAGGAACAUCUUUGCCACUUUAUUUUUCUCCAUCAAGACUAAUGAAACUACUCAUCACCGUGGCAUUACUUAAUUGUUCUUAUUGGAUCAUUCUAACUUGUAAUUUUACUUAGUGAUCUGCCACUUCUAGAGCAGGAGCUAUGUUUGUUAUUUAUUUUAAGCAUUUUCCAUUA